UUCCUUAUUCAAAGUACCUUCGGAUCCACUUCGCCUUGCUAAAUCCUUCCGGCAUUUCAAAUACCACCCCUCGCCGAACUUCCUCGUCAUUCUUUCACCCCGCAACACCAGGUCUGCUCGCAGUCUCAGUCCAGUGACUUUGGCAUCUCCCUGAAAAAUGACGUCUCAUCAACCAGCUGCUUGCUGCACCGUCGGUGUCAAGCAUGAGGGCGCCGCUGUCGGCGAAUUGGGCAAGUUCGGCGAUGUCGAGGCCUACUUCUCUUACCCCAAAGACCGAAGCACGCAGAAUGCCAUCCUAAUCAUCACCGACGUCCUCGGCCAUAAAUUCCUCAACGUGCAGCUGAUCGCCGACCAAUUCGCCGCCAAUGGCUACUUCGUUGUGAUCCCUAACCUCUUCGGAGACAACCCUGUUCAGCUCAACCCGCCAGAAGGUUUCAAUGUCAUGGAGUGGCUCAAGGACUUCCAAACACAUAACAUUGACCCAAUCAUCGCCGCCUCAAUUAAGGAACUGCGCGGCCCGCUCGGGAGCAAGCGAAUUGGCGCCGUUGGCUACUGCUUUGGCGGCAAGUACCUGUGCCGUUUCCUCAAGACCGGUCAGAUCGACGUCGGGUACACCGCGCAUCCGUCCUUUGUGGAUAAGGAGGAGCUAGAGGGCAUCCAGGGCCCGCUCAGCAUCUCUACCGCGGAGACAGAUCAGAUCUUCCCUGCCGAAAAACGCCACGAGACUGAGGAGAUUCUGCUGAAGCUGUCGGUGCCGUAUCAGCUCAAUCUGUUCUCUGACGUGGCUCACGGGUUUGCUGUGAGGACGGAUGUGAGCAAGAAGCCGGGGAAGUUUGCAAAGGAGCAGGCGUUUCUGCAGGCUGUGGCUUGGUUCAAUGAGUACCUCAAGUCCGCGUAAGUCAU